UUUUCACCUCUAUUAACACCUACGUUCGGAUUGGAAACAGAAGACAUCGUAACCCUCGACCGGACGCAUAUCACAAUUCUCUUGCAUUUUCUCAUCACAUAAGAAUAGCCCUUUCGGAUUUUGAUUUUUGUUUCUUAUGUUUGUGAGCAAAAUGACUGCUCAUACUUUGAACCGAUUGUCAUUCCCACUAAUUCAAAGAUCAAUACGGACGGUUAAGCCAAAUAUCGUCGUACCCACAUUAUUUGACAGAACCAGAUUUCGUCUCGGAGGUGGCAAUCUUCGUUAUCCCAUGGGGCAAUUACAUGCAGCCGGCGAGAAUAUGUUUGCGGUUUGUGCGGAAUAUCCUGUCUUCGAAGAUUUUGUGCAACGUCUGAAUUUGCCGGACAACUUUCAAUCAUGGUUCUCAUUAACUACGCUACAUAUAUGGAUGUGCUUGGUGCGGUUAAGGCAAGAAGGUGUGGAAGGCCAAUUGUUAAAGAGAACAUUUGUCAAUCUUUUUUGGUUAGAUUUGAGGUCGAGAAUGCGCACCUUCAAAAUUCUGAGAAAGAUUCAUUCGCAGGUUUCGGUCUUUCGGAUGCAGUUUUUCGGUGCAAUCUUUGCAUAUGAUGAGGGGUUUUUGGCCCACUCAGAUGCGCUUUUGUCCGCAGCUCUAUGGCGCAACUUGUUCCUGUCCUCUUCGUCUGUUACGAUGGAGCAGCUGGAGUUGGCGCUGAAAUACGUGAGAAAAAAUCUCGCCCACCUCGAUGACAUACCAUCACCGACCAUAUUACGCUUCGGAACACCCACUUUCCUUUCCCUAACUGAUGAUAAAGUAGAUCCCCGUUUUGCAACUGAACGCCUCCGUUAUUGUGUUACUUGGCCCAGUUUUAUUAAAUAGUAUUUUCCAUCAGGAUACCCAACCCCAUGGGUCUACUAUAUCGGGUGUUUUUAGUGGAUAUCGGAAUUGCAUCCAUCGUGUCAAGGGACCAAACUUGACAGAAACAGGGUUAUUUUAGGCUCUUGAUGUGCACCAAAAAUGCGUACUGAUAUUUUACAAGCCUGUGCAAUGUGUACCGUCAGGCAUCAUAGAGUAAAAUUUGUCUACUUCGCAA